AUGGUAAAAACUCUGCUCCUCCAAGGCCGAAACCUAAACAUCACCCUGGGAAGACUUAAUCCAAGAAUCACCAUCAUCACACGCACCAUGCACCUACGCGCUGAACACGCCGUCACUGACCUCCCCACCCUGCACACCUUCAUCCGCACACACCCCCUCGGCGUCCUAACCACCUCACUACCAUCGGAGAACUUUCCUACGUUACAGUGUAGUCAUAUUCCGUGGGUAUUGGACGGUGUGGACGGGGCCGGGAGCGCGGGCGAUGAAACCAACAAGCAAUGCACAAGCAAAGGCCCAAACGGCAACAGAAACAGAAAGAGACUUGGCACACUACGCGGCCACAUUGCGCGCGCAAAUCCGCAUACAAAGGCUUUAAUCGAAGCCGUUACGGAGGCGGGGGCGGGGACAGAGACCGGUCCUAAUUCGGUUGUGAGGCAGCAGCAGCAGCAGAAGCAGCAGGGAGAUCGAGAGGGUCAGAGUCAGGACGAGGAUGAGGACCAAGAGCAGGGAAAACUUGAAGGACAAGGGCAGGUCCUUCCUGGCGAAGUCUUGAUUGUAUUUACCAGUCCAGUGGAUCACUACAUCACGCCGCAGUUCUAUACAGCGUCGGUGGGGAGUGGGAGUGGGAAAGUCGCGCCAACGUGGAAUUACGCCGCGGUGCAGGUGUACGGACGAAUGGUUGUGUACCAUUCUGUAAAGGAGGAGGCGACGGGGGGAGUUUCUUACUCGGCAAUUGGGGGAUUUGGCGAGGGUUGGGGAGGUGGGGAUUAUGGGGGGCGAUCUCCGUGGAGGAUUGCUGAUGCGCCGGCAGAGUAUAUUUCGAUGCUGAAGAAGGGGAUCGUGGGGAUGGAAGUGGAGAUCACGCGGGUGGAGGGAAGGUUUAAGGGGAGUCAGGAGAAAGGCGUCUUAGAUCGAGAGGGUGUUAUUGGUGGGUUGGAAGAGAUGGGGGGGUUCGAGGGCGAAGGAGAUGGCUGGUUU